AUGAAGAAAUUAAGAGGCAAUGACGACAAAAAUCGACGCAGGAGAAUGACAGGAAAAGGAUUUGAGGGAAAGCAAAGUGGCGUUGUGGUCAGGAUGUUGAGGUGCACGGUGCGGCAUGUAUAUGAGGGAGCUCACCUGUACGGAUUGGUAGUACUUAUUUUGUAUGGGCGAAGUUGUAUGGGGGGAGAAUUGGGUGAGAGAGGUUUGAGUGAGGAGAGGAGGGAGAGUACGCGGGUAGUAGUAGAAGAGCGAGAGGGCGGGCGCUGGCCUGGACCUGGAGCAGAGAGACGAGACGGAGACCAGCGAGCAGGCCAGCGUCAGCACUGGGGGAGGGGGAGAGCAGCAGCAGGCAAGGGCAGCAGACACUGGAGCGAUACGCUCGUGUCACUGGCCAGCGCCCGCUGGUUUCGUACCGUACCCGUCACGUCUUGUCAGCCGGCGGCGUUGCUGCUGCCAGCUGCUCGACUCUGGGCUGCGCUGAGCGCGCCCGCAGAAAUGCAGUAUUACUCUACUACUCUACGGCCAGGGGCCAAGAAACAUACCACUGCUGCUGCUGCGUCGCGAAGGUCUUCCGUGCUCAGCCUUUCCAUGGUCAUUGAUGGAUCUCACGGCGGAAAAUAA